CGGUCCCGGCUUCCGGCUGCGCGGCCGCGGCCGCCCCCACCUCGCCCGCCCGCCCCUCCUGCCUGUUGUGUAACUGUGCCCAGCCCCCUCCCUGCGGCCCCCCGCCGGGCACCGGCCCCUCCCGGAGGGCGCUCCCGGGGGAGGGCGGCGGCCCCCGGCCGCCGGGCGCAGGCGAGCCCGGGGAUGCGCGGCCUGGCGCGGGCCGGCCGGGCGCGGGGGAGGCGGGCGGGCGGGCCCUGAUCCGGGGUAAUUUGCAUCGCCCUCCCCCCAGCCCGGGUGGGGAUUGGCCGCCGGCGGCGGGGGGUGGCGCGGGGCCAGGCGCACUGCCGCCUCCCGGGCCUCGGGGAGUCAGCCCAGCCGCAGCCGCCGCCGCCGCCGGGGCCGGGCCCCUCGCGCUGCCCGGGAAGGAGGUCUCAGGCGGAAGAUGGCCGGCGGCGUGGAUGGCCCCAUUGGGAUCCCGUUCCCAGACCACAGCAGCGACAUCCUGAGCGGCCUGAACGAGCAGCGCACGCAGGGCCUGCUGUGCGACGUGGUCAUCCUGGCGGAGGGCCGCGAGUUCCCCACGCACCGCUCGGUGCUGGCCGCCUGCAGCCAGUACUUCAAGAAGCUCUUCACGUCGGGCGCCGCGGUGGACCAGCAGAACGUGUACGAGAUCGACUUCGUCAGCGCCGAGGCGCUGACCGCGCUCAUGGACUUCGCCUACACGGCCACGCUCACGGUCAGCACGGCCAACGUGGGCGACAUCCUCAGCGCCGCCCGCCUGCUGGAGAUCCCGGCCGUGAGCCACGUGUGCGCCGACCUCCUGGACCGGCAGAUCCUGGCGGCCGACACGGGCCCCGACGCGGGGCAGCUGGACCUGGAGGACCAGGCGGGCCAGCGCAACCUGCUGCGGGCCAAGGAGUACCUGGAGUUCUUCCAGAGCAACCCCAUGAACAGCCUGCCCCCCGCCGCCGCCUUCCCCUGGUCGGCCUUCGGCGCUUCUGACGACGACCUGGACGCCACCAAGGAGGCCGUGGCCGCCGCCGUGGCCGCCGUGGCCGCGGGUGACUGCAACGGCCUGGACUUCUACGGACCGGGCCCCCCGUCCGAGCGGCCCCCCACUGGGGACGGGGACGAGGGCGACAGCAACCCGGGUCUGUGGCCAGAGCGCGAAGAGGACGCCCCCGCCGGGGGUCUCUUUCCGCCGCCGGCGGCCCCCCCGGCCACCGCGCAGAACGGCCACUACGGCCGGGGCGGGGAGGAGGAGGCAGCCUCGCUGUCUGAGGCCGCUCCCGAGCCGGGCGACUCUCCGGGCUUCCUGUCGGGCGCAGCCGAGGGCGAGGACGGGGACGCGCCCGACGUGGACGGGCUGGCAGCCAGCACCCUGCUGCAGCAGAUGAUGUCCUCGGUGGGCCGGGCAGGGGACAGUGACGAGGAGUCGCGGGCGGACGACAAGGGCGUCAUGGACUACUACCUGAAGUACUUCAGCAGCGCGCACGAGGGCGACGUCUACCCGGCCUGGUCGCAGAAGGCGGAGAAGAAGAUCCGCGCCAAGGCCUUCCAGAAGUGCCCCAUCUGCGAGAAGGUCAUCCAGGGCGCCGGCAAGCUGCCGCGGCACAUCCGCACCCACACCGGCGAGAAGCCCUACGAGUGCAGCAUCUGCAAAGUCCGCUUUACCAGGCAGGACAAGCUCAAGGUGCACAUGCGGAAGCACACGGGCGAGAAGCCCUACCUGUGCCAGCAGUGCGGCGCCGCCUUCGCCCACAACUACGACCUCAAGAACCACAUGCGCGUGCACACGGGCCUGCGGCCCUACCAGUGCGACAGCUGCUGCAAGACCUUCGUGCGCUCCGACCACCUGCACAGGCACCUCAAGAAGGACGGCUGCAACGGCGUCCCCUCGCGCCGGGGCCGCAAGCCGCGCGUGCGCGGCGGCCCGCCCGAGCCCCCGGCCCCCGGGCCCGCCGCGCCCCCCGGCGCCCCCGGCGCGCCCGGCUCCCCCGGCGCGCGACGCAACGGCCAGGAGAAGCACUUUAAGGACCAGGACGAGGACGAGGACGAGGCCAGCCCCGACGGCGCGGGCCGGUUGAAUGUAGCGGGCGCCGCUGGGGACGGCGGCCCCGGGGCCUCCGAGGGCACCUUCCCCGCGGGACUCGCCUAAAACCAAAAAGAACCGCCCCAGCGCCGCCCCCGCAGCCCCUGCAGCGCCCGCCGCCGGCUCCCAGCGCUUCCGCCUCCGCAGCCGCCCGCCCCAGGCUCGGGCUCGGCCCGGCUCGGGUUCGGCUCAGCUCGGUUCGGCUCGGGCUCGGGUUCAGCUCGGGCUCGGCUCGGCUCGGGUGGCGGGGCGGCGGGGCGGCGGGAGCCGGGCGGCGGUCGCCCUCCGCCGCGCGGGUUCCAGCGUCUUUCAGACGAGACCCUAAAGGACGUCUGUCUGCUCCGAGCGGACGCUAAACCGUCCCCACCCUCCUUCCUCAGGGCACUUACGGGGCCGUCCCCGCGCCCCGCCACCGCCCGUGGCCUCGCAGCCGCUCGUCCUGGCCGCCCCGACCUAUUUAUUCCCGGGCCCCGGCCGAGCCGCCUCCCCUCGGCCGCCGCGGGUCCGGCCCGGCGCCCGCCGCCCGGAGCCCGGAGCCCCUGUCUGGAGAUUGGAAACGCGUCUCGACCCCGCCCCAGCCCUUCGCCCACGUUUUUAAAGCACUUUUUAGAUUUUUCUUUUCCUCCUUAAAAACCAGAUUUAUAUAUAGAUAUAUAUAGACGUAUAAAUAUAUAUGAUACACUUUCUCAGAGCGGCAGCAGGUCGCCGGCGGCGGCAGAGGCAGGCGGGGUUCCAGGGUCACAAAAGCAAUAAACCCAAGCAAGUCCUAGAGUGGAGAGAGGCGGAGCCACAGCGCGCCCGGCUCGCACUUUGUAACGAACGGGUACUUUAUCUUAACUCUUAAUUUAAAACAUGUUUACAAGUUGCAACCAACUUCUAUGAAAAGUUGAAAAGACAAAAAAAAAGCGAGAGAGAGAGAGAGAGAGAGAGAGCGCAAAAGAAAAUUCCUAAAACUCAAUUUAUUUUUGUACAAAAUAAUAAAAUAAAAAACCCACCACAAACGUAGAAUCCACGUCUGUUCCCCAAGGCUGAGGGGGGUGGUCAGGAAGCCAUGGGAAGGGACCAGAACCCCGCCCGAGGCGUCUGCCCGCCCCGGAGUCCACGCUGAGGGCAGGCCGCGGGGCUCAGGCCGGUGCCGGCCCCCACGCCUCCCGGCCUGCCCGCCUUGGGUCUUGAUUGGGAGAUGUCUCUGCUAGCCAUACAGUGGCCAUCUCUGUCCUUGGGCACCCACCCUCCUUACUCCCCAGCUCAGGGACGGCCCGAGAGAGGGCUGGCCUUCCAACCAGCCAGACCAACCAGUCCCCAGCCCCGUGUCCCUCCCGCCCCCAGGACCUGCCCUCCAACAUGGCUGUCCUGCUGCAGGGUCCCUGCCUCCAGGGCCUGACGCCUCCCCCCGCCCCCGCACCCCCUUUUUACUCAAAGGCACUGACUGUAACCCGGGGGCUGGCUCCUGCCUCACCCCAGCCUCUGGCUCCCACGAGGCCCGGUGCUGACCGAGCCGCAGGCCACGGACGGGGCCAGGGUUGGGGAGGCGGUCUAUGCCAGGUGCCCCGUCCCUCCUGCCCACUCGGUCCAGCACGGGAGCCUGUACAUAGAUGCUCCGCAGAACUGAGGCUACCUUCCGCCAAUGCCUGGGGCAGAGGGGCGUCCCUGCGUCCCUCCACCCCUGGCGGUGGCCUGUCACCUGGCACCCCUGUCUGCGACAACUGUCUCGUCUUUUUCUUUUGUCUUUAAAGGGAAGCUUUGUAAGAAGGUGAAUUUUUUCAUAUUGUUUCUACCAGAUUUUUGUUUCUUUCCCUCCCCAGUCCCAGCCCGUCAGCCCCCCAAAUGUCUCAGGAUCCCCCUCCGGGCCGGCAGAAGGGGCAGGCCCGGGGCCAGGUGGUGCUGGCCUUGUUGGCUCCUCGAUGUCACAGGGCGAGCUCCAGAGAGGACCGUCAGGCCCGGCAAGGCACUGGCCCCCUGGCCAUCCGCCUCAGAGAGGCCCAGGGGCGAGUCCCCUCCCGUCCCCAGGCCCCUCGCAAUAAGACCCACUCAAAUCACUGAUGUCAUCCUGGCCAGCGGAGGCCACCAGACUUGGGGGACAGAGCCCUCAGGACUCUGGCAGGACCAGGCUGCCCGCAGCCACUCACCCGGAGCCCCCGCGGGCAUCGCACUGAGCCCGGCCAGCCCCUGCUUCGCGCCCGCGCCUCUGCCUUAAGCCAGCCAGUCCCCCGCAGCGUCUGCAUGGGCCCAGAGCAGGACCCCGCCGCCCCCGACUGCGCAAUCACAUACUGUAUAUAGACGUGGAUCGAUUUUAUUUUUAUUCUUUAAAUUAAGGUUGUGAUAAAGUGUUGCCAAAGAUACUGCUGAAUUUCGCGUUUCAGGAAACAAGCGAGAGGUGGAGGCGGGCGUGCUGGUCUGGAGGGCGCGGAGGGCUUUCCUCUGGUGUUGGGGUUUCUUGUGUUUUUUUUUUUUUUUUUUUUUUUUUUUUUUUUUUUUUUUUUAACUGCCUGGUACAAAAAAAAAAAAAAAAGAAAAAGAAAGAAAGAAAGAAAGAAAAAAAAAAAGAAAAAGUGAGAUUGUUAUUUCCAUCAUCAUGAUGAGGUUGCGUGGUGUGUGUGCGCGUGAGUGCGGGGUCCAGGCCCGAGGGCUCGGGGUCCAGGCGAGGACCUCCUGUCUAGUUGCUGCUCCUUGCCUCGCCCCUCCCACCCCGCCUUUUGAGAUUAAGGGGGGAAAAAAAGGCAAAAAAAUAGAAUGAAAACCCCAUAACCCAGUGAAUGUAGGACGCGGGCGGGCCAGCCUGGUGCCAGUCUGCUCCCCGGAGGCCAGCCGGCGUGUCGCCUGUGCCCAGAGCUGUCCCUCUGCUUCCCUGCACCAUGGGAGAGGAGGGUCCCAGGCCUCUUCUCCACAGGUGACCAGGGACGCUGGACAUUGUCUGGACCCCAGGCACAGGCAGCUGUGUGGCCAUGCCAAGGCCCAGGCCCGAGUCAGGCCCCAGGAUGGAAGCAAUCUGGGCAGCCGGGACUGUAGGAGGCGAGACCGAAAGGAAAAACAGAAAAAAAAGAAAAACUUAAAAACCAACAAAAAAAAAAAAAGCAAAAAAUCCUAUUUUUUGAGAAAGAAAGAUAUUUAUAUUUGCAGUUUUAUUUUAAAAAGUUAUUUAAGCUGAGGAAGCAGCUCCCCAGAGGUGGGGGUGGCUGGCGCAGGACGGGUCAGGGCGGGGGCUCGUCGCCCCAGGGCCGGUCUCAGUUGAGCCGAGCUCACACUAAACUAGAUUUACAUGGGGCGGGGGGCGGGGCGGCGCUGCCCAGGCCCCCCAGCCCAGACACGAGGUGCCUUGGACUCGGGGGCCAGGCCUGGCGCGUGGGGCAGGGCGGUGCCCGCUGGGUACAGAGCACAGAGCAGACAUUCCAUAGACUGUAUUUGAGAGUCUUUAUAAAGUGUGGGAGAUUUAAAAAAAAAAUUGAUAAAAAUGCACUUUUUGGGGGUGGGGGGAAAGCUUUAAAGUAAUAAAAACAAAACAAAAAGGCAAAAGAUGAUGAAAAACCAGAAAAAUCAUUUUUCUUGUACAUAAAACAACCACUAAACGCAGCCUGUUAUGA